AUGCCUCGCCAAUUCUUCGUCGGUGGUAACUUCAAGAUGUACGUUCAACAUCCUCCCGCUACCCCGCGGUACCUGAAUGGAUUGCCCUUCCAUAACGGGAGCCCACUGGACCUCAGCACGCAGGACCGUACCAUUGACCAGAACUACAGGAACGGUGUUGCGGAGAGCAUCACCAACAUCGUGAAGAACCUCAACGCUGCGAAGCUUGACCCCAACACCGAGGUCGUCAUCUCUCCCCCCACCCUGUACCUCACGCUCACCCGCAGCCUGGCCGACCCCAAGAUCGGCGUUGCUGCCCAGAACGUCUUCGACAAGCCCAACGGUGCUUUCACCGGUGAGAUCAGUGUCGAGCAGCUGAAGGAUACCAAGAUCGACUGGGUUGUCAUUGGCCACAGCGAGCGCCGUGUCAUCCUGAAGGAGACCGACGAGUUCAUUGCCCGCAAGGUCAAGUCCGCCAUUGAGGGCGGUCUCUCCGUCAUCUUCUGCAUUGGUGAGACCCUGGAGGAGCGUGAGGGCGGCAAGACUAUCGAGGUCGUCACCCGCCAGCUCAACGCCGCUGCCAAGGAGCUGAGCAAGGAGCAGUGGGCUAAGGUUGUCAUUGCCUACGAGCCUGUCUGGGCUAUCGGCACCGGCAAGGUCGCCACCACCGAGCAGGCCCAGGAGGUCCACGCUGCUAUCCGCGAGUGGCUCGGCAAGACCAUCGACGCCCAAGCGCAGGACAACGUCCGUAUCAUCUACGGUGGCUCCGUCAGCGAGAAGAACUGCCGCGAGCUCGCCACCCAGCCCGAUGUUGACGGCUUCCUUGUUGGCGGUGCCAGCUUGAAGCCUGCCUUCGUCGACAUCAUCAACGCCCGCAUCUAA